AGUGUAAUCAUUGACCUUUUAGUCUUUAGAUAAGACUACAAACAGUUGACUGUUUAGUCAUCAUCUUCUUUUUCUAUGUAACUCAACAAAAGCUGAUUUCUCCAUUUGUAUAAAUUAACAUCUUUAACCACACUUGCUUGGUACAAUAGCUAGCCUCACAUCUCAACCUACUUACAGAUAGAAACUCAUGGAGAUUCCUGCCUUUUUCUUACUUUUUGUGUUGUUGCUGUUGCACUAUUUUAUGGCUAGCUUAGCUGUGACAGCAAAAACCAACAUCACCACAGACCAAUCAGCUAUCCUUGCUCUCAAAGCCCAUAUCACCGAUGACCCUUACAAAAUCUUGGCAAGCAAUUGGUCUUCCUCUACCUCUGUUUGCAACUGGAUUGGGAUCACUUGUGGUUCCAAACACCUUAGAGUCACUGCCUUGAACCUUUCUCACAUGGGUCUUACAGGAACCAUUGCUCCACAAGUGGGAAACCUAUCAUUCCUCUCCCAUUUAUCCUUCAGAAACAACAAUUUUCAUGGCUCUCUGCCCAACGAGUUGGCUUAUUUGGCUCACUUGGAAGUUGUCAGCUUUGGAUUGAACAACUUUUCUGGAAUGUUACCAUCAUGGCUUGGGUUCUUACCUAAACUUCAAGUGCUGUAUGCUUAUACAAACAGUUUUGAAGGUAGUAUUCCAGAAUCUCUAGGCAACAUAUCGUCACUGAAAGUACUUCAUCUCGGCGAAAACAAUCUUUCAGGGAGGAUACCAAGAAGUUUGGGAAACUGUACUUCCCUGGAGAUAAUUCACUUGGAUGAUAACAACUUUACAGGUGAAGUACCCCUCGAGAAUGGGAAUCUUAGAAAUCUAAUGGAAGUAACUUUAGCCAAUAACAGCUUAACUGGUAUCAUCCCAAAUGCAAUUUUCAAUUGCUCAAGGAUUGAAGUCAUUAGUCUAUACAUGAACCAGCUCUCAGGCCAUCUUCCAUCAAGUAUAGGCAAUUGGCUUCCAAAUCUUAAGGUACUUUACCUAUGGGGUAAUGAACUAGAGGGAAUAAUCCCCAGUUCUAUCUCAAAUGCUUCUAUGCUCACUGAACUUGAAUUGGGUGCAAACAAUUUCUUUGGCUCUAUUCCUAAUACUUUGGGAAACUUAAGGCAUCUGGAGAGACUCAACUUAGUCAACAAUUAUUUGACUAGAGAUUCGUCAACUCUAGAAUUAAGUUUUCUUUCAUCUUUGGCAAACUGCAAAAAUUUGACAACUAUAGUGCUAGCAGAUAAUCCAUUGAAUGGCACCCUUCCAAUUUCCAUGGGAAAUUUCUCUACUUCUCUUGAAGAAUUUGUAAUGUUUAAUUGCAACAUAAAAGGUACAAUUCCUACAGGGAUUGCUAAUUUAAGCAACUUGAUGGCCUUACACUUACAAGACAAUGAAUUGGUUGGACAUAUUCCAACUACAGUUGGAGGAAUGAGAAAGCUCCAAGGUUUGUAUCUUCAACACAAUAGAUUGCAAGGAUUCAUCCCAAAUGGUAUUUGUCUUUUAAGAAACUUGGCAGAAUUAUUUUUAAAUCAUAAUGAGUUUUUUGGACCAAUACCAACAUGUUGGGGAGGUCUUUCCAAACUUCAAAAGUUGUACUUGGAUUCCAACAAGUUGACUUCCAUACCCUCAUCUUUUUGGAGUUUUAAAGAUAUACUGCAAAUAAACCUGUCCUCGAAUUCUUUAAGUGGUCAUCUACCAUUAGAGGUCGGAAAUUUGGAGCAUGUAACAAAUAUAGACCUGUCAUGGAAUCUCCUAUCAGGUGACAUCCCUACUAUUAGAGGCCUAGAGUCUUUGGCAAACCUUUCCUUAGCACAUAACAAAUUCCAGGGUCCUAUUCCUCAAUCAUAUGAUAAGUUGAUAAGCAUAGAACACUUGGAUCUAUCUGAUAACAACUUGUCUGGAGAAAUUCCUAAGUCUCUAAUGGAACUCAAAUUCCUCAAAUAUUUCAAUGUAUCCUUCAAUAGAUUACAAGGUGAAAUUCCAUAUGAGGGUGUUAUUGCUCAAUUCUCAGCUCAAUCAUUCAUGGGAAAUGAAGCAUUAUGCGGUCCACCCAAACUGCAAGUUCCACCCUGCGAAAAAAGUGAUGUUGGACAAUCAAAGACUGCCACUACAGUUGUAGUAAGAUAUAUUUUACCAGCAAUGAUAGCAACAAUACUUGGAUCAAUCCUCGUAUUUUUUCUGAUGAGAUCCCAAAAGAAACAAGUAAAACAAAAAGGUGAAGAAGAUUUGUUACCUCCACCAAGGUGGAGAAAAAUAACACACCUAGAACUUGAACGAGCAACAGACGGAUUUAGUGAAAGUAACUUAGUUGGGAAAGGGAAUCUUGGCUCAGUGUACAAAGGGACACUUUCAGAUGACACAUGUGUUGCAGUAAAGGUUUUUAAUUUGAAAAUAGAAGAAGGGUUUAAGAGUUUUGAAAUUGAAUGUGAUGUAUUGUGUAGAAUUCACCACCAGAAUCUUGUGAAAAUCAUUGGUAGCUGUAGUAGUACUAAUUUCAAAGCUUUGGUACUAGAGUAUAUGCCUAAGGGGAGCCUUAAAAAGUGGUUGUAUUCUCCUAACCACUUCUUGGAUAUGCUAGAAAGAUUGAACGUGAUGAUAAAUGUUGCAUCCUCAUUGGAGUAUCUCCAUCAUGGUUGUCCUUUACCCGUUGUUCAUUGUGAUUUGAAGCCUAGCAAUAUUCUCCUAAACAAAGAUAUGGUUGCACAUGUGAGUGACUUCGGCAUUUCAAAAUUGUUAGGAGAUGAAGACUCAAUGACCCAAACCAUGACAUUGGCCACUAUUGGUUAUAUGGCACCAGAGUAUGGAUCACAAGGAACCAUUUCUACAUGCGGAGACGUGUAUAGUUAUGGCAUUUUAUUGAUGGAAACAUUCACAAGAAAGAAUCCCACAGAUGAAAUGUUUGUCGGAGAAAUGAACCUAAAACGUUGGGUAAAACAAUCGCUACCCCAUUUAGUAAUUACAGUUAUAGAUGCUAAUUUGCUGAAGAGAGGUGAAGAGCAUUUUAAUGCUAAGCUGGAUUGUAUGUUGUCCAUAAUGCAAUUGGCUAUGGAUUGUUCAACAGAGGCACCUGAAGAAAGGAUAAACAUGAGAGAUGUCAUAACAACACUCAAAAAUAUCAAAUCGAAGUUUCUAAAGGAUGUCGAAGAAGAUUGACAACAGGAAAAUUUUCUAAAGUUUUUCUUUGUUUGUGCUUUUUGCUAACUAUAUUUUGUAGGUUAUGAUACUCCCUCAAAAAUACUUGUUGCAGUAAAAUAGCUCAAAGCAAUGUAAGAGCAUAGUAAUGAUGAAGGAUGUAGAAUUGUCUUAUAUAUUUAGGCAUUAAUUUACAUAGUAGUGAUGGUAGACAA